AUGAACCUCCUCAUUGGCUCCUAUGACAGCGAUGAUGACGCACCGCCACAGCCGCUGAAGCGGCCUCCGGAAGUCGAAGAGAAAGAGCCGGGACCGAAGCCGCUGGCGCCGCCUUGGCGAACUCCUGGGGAAGUGGCAGUGGCAGACAUGGUGUCGAAUAUUUCAAGCAACGCUCUCUGCAAGCUGGAUCAGAACCUGGAGGAAGAGGACAUUGGGGCUGAGGAGCAUGACCCAUUCUGUGAAUGUGCAGAUUGCUCAAUGCUACUGCUGAGAUUCAUGGCAAAAAGCCUUCAAACGAAAGGGAUCCGCUUCAAGUGCAAGCUCUGCAAUAGUGUUUUCACAUCCAAGGUUGGAGCUGCCGAUCAUUUCAAGAAGGUGCAUGCCAAAGAGGUGCAGUCUUUCAAGACAGAGAAGAUGCCAAGGCUCUUUCGGAAUGGCCCCUCCAAGGAGGAGUUAGCAGCCUUGGCACGUCAGCGUGACUUUGCGCGUGAUCGCGUGCUUGGCAAAAGGCCAGCAGAUGAGGAUGCCAGCUUUGGAGGUUGGGCAAAGAAGGAGAAACCUCCGCCUCCACCAUGCGAGACGCCCGAGUACGAAGGUAUGAUGCAGACUGAGAUUUUCACAGCACCUCCAUGGGAAGGACAGAAGCCCACGGACGAUGAUGCCACCGAAAUGGAUCGUGAGGUUGACAAGCGGAUAACCCAAGCGCAAACGCUGCGGUUUUGCAAGCGCAACGUCCUAGAGGUCAAGAAGGACACUGUUCGCUGCAAGCUUUGCUACAAGACCCUGCCCAGCACUCGGGCUUGUGAAGAACACAUUGGCAAAGACCAUGAAGAGGAUUUCAAGAAGGAGCUGAAAAUGUGGGAACGCUUCUUGUUCACAACAUGCAAAAGACAGCCACCGUUUGGUUGGGUUUGUAAAAUCUGUCAAAUCUUUUUUGCGACCGAUGGUGCGUGCUGGCGGCAUGUUGGUAAAGAGGUCUACAUUAAGUUCGAGGAGCGCCACAUGGGUGCUUGGCAUGAAAAGGAGGAUCGCUGGGGUCAUGCAGAGGAUGAGGAGUGCUGCGGAGAUGGAAUCAAUGUUGGAGGAGGCUUGAGCUAUGAGAGUGUCAUGGCCUUUCACCAAGCGCAAGCCGCCGAAGAGGAGGCGAAAAACCGCAUGGAAAUGAAGAAAGCUAGCCAGGCAGUACAGGAAGAAUCCUCAUCAUCAGAUGAGGAAGAAGAAAAAGCAUGGAUGUUGGGUGUGCGACCUGGCUGGACUGCGCUGAGUGUGGAUGGCCAAGCUGUGCAAACAAAGGAGGACAUAGAAGAUGCUCUCCAAGCUGCGGUGGAAAGAGAGAAGCGGUACGUCGUAUGCUUCGAGAAGGGUCAGGGCAAAUUUGGAACAGAGGCAAAAGAGAAGGCUGAAAGAGCAAAACGUCAGCUGGCAAAGCUGCAAAAGGAGUUCCGCUUCCAGGGCUGGAUUGAGCGUGCUGAGCAUCGUGGUACCACACAAGCUCAAAUCGAAAGGGUUUACGCCUGCCUGGAGGAAAAUUGCUCAGCAUGGGUGGAUCACCUUCCAGCGAAGAUGUCCAAGACAUCUGGUAAACCGCUGCGAAUCGAUUUCCUCAAUUUCUACCAUCUGAGCAACAACCUGAUUCUGCCUGUCACGAAGCCCAGACGCUGUUCCUUUGUUGAGAUGAUGACGAACCAAGCCCAAGCACCUUCCUGGUUUCUGAGCCACUGGUGGGGCCUUUCGGUUCAAGGCUUUGUGGCGAGUGUGGAGAAGCAUGCAGCCACCAGAGGGCUGAGCGCGGACAGCUCAUACUGGACAUGGACCUUUGCAUGCAGACUGUUGGAAAAGCAAAGUGAGAUUUGUGAGAACCCCACAAAGGCGCUGUUCUACAAGCCCAUGGAGACGUGUAAGUUCAAGCUCUUGCUCAUCAUUGACCAACAGGCAGUUUGCUUCAAGCGCAGCUGGUGCCUGUACGAGACAGCCAUGACGGUUGAUACCAAUUUGGCCAUGGUUGACUGUGCGUGCGUUAACAACAGCUGUGGUGGGUCUGAGCUGAUCACCCAUGGCUUGACGGAGGACGAGGAGAAGAUGGAAACACAACGACCUGGACACGGUGUAAGGGCGAAACUGGCCAGAGAGGCCGGCUUUCCAAUGGAAGUCGCAGAAGCAGGACUGGGUGUGCAGGUGGAGAAGUCCGAGGCAUGGACAGAGGAAGACAAGGCCUCGAUUCUUCACAGCGUGGCAUCGCGCAGGGCUGAGGAGCAGCAGAACUUGGAGAAUGCAGAAGCCAGACUCCGUGCACGUUUGGCAACAGCAUUCUGGCCCCGAGUUGCACGACCUGACAAGGAUGGGAGAGCAGCACCUACAAGGCGUGUUGCGAAGGCCUUGAGCUGCAUUCAGGAGGAUGCUCGAAGGAGGUCUUUGGCGAUGCAUCUGCAGGGCCUCAAGAGUGAACACCUCCAUAUGCUGGCAGAAAGUUUGCCUCCCAACCUGAUUGAGCUCACCCUCAACUUAAGGUGUUCUUCACUGAAGGAUGAUGACAUUGCAAUGCUGGCAAAGGCACUUCCGAAACAGCUGAAAGAGCUAAAGCUCGACCUCAGCUGCUGUCAGCAAUUGACAGAUGCAGGAAUCAAGAAGUUGGCGUCGCAACUGAAUUUUGAAGAAACAGCGGUGUACAUCCGGCUAGCAGAGACAGGGGUGAGCAAGGACGUCCAGGAUUGGUAUGCUGCAGAAGCAGCCAAGAAUGAAGAGAAUGGCCAGAAUGGGCAACUGAAAAAUGUGUCCCAUGCUUUGCACAUGUCGCUAUGCCUUGACCCUGCUGUGUCUGAACUACAUCGACGAACCAUGGUGCCAGCUGCCACCUUGCUGGGGAAGGUCCUGACGGAGGACAGCGAAGAGCGUGCCAUUGCUGCCUUGCGGGCGUUGGACUCCUUUGGUGAAAAGGCACGAAAUGCAUUGGGCGUGGAAGCGCAGCAGCGAGCCAAGGAGCUGGAGUUGGCAAUGCAACAAGCCGAAGAAGACCGAAAAGCAAAAGAAGCUCUCAAAGCUCAAAAGGCAGCCCAGAAAGAGGAAACAGCUUCAGGCUGA